AAGAGCAGCGGUUCACAGGGAAAUGGAUUGUAAACAGAAAGGGAAGGGGGAGAAGGGCACUAGGCAGGUGGGAAUGAGAGGGGAGGGAGAGGGAGGGUUCUGGGCACAGACCCCGCCCCCGGCCCAUGUGACCCAGCCAAAUGCUCCUGCCCCAGGAGGAGGCCCAGCACAGAGGGAGGAAGGACAGCAGAGCUCACACAUCAGACAGCAGUGCUUGUGAGCGUUUCGGGAGCUGGAGCUCUUCUCACAGAGGGAGGGACACAGCAGACAGCAGACACCAUGGAGCCCCCCUUAGCCCAUGCCCGCAGAGGGUGCAUCCCCUGGAACGGGCUCCUGCUGGCAGUCUCACUCGUAACCUUCUGGAACCUGCCCACCACUGCGCAAGUCACUAUUGAAGUGGUGCCCUUCAAUGCUGCAGAAGGCAUGGAUGUUCUUCUAGUUGUCCACAAUGUGACAAGGGAUCUUCUAGGCUACGGCUGGUACAGAGGAGAAAGGGUAGAGAGCAGCCAACUAAUUGCAUCGUGUAGAAUAGACAUUCAUACAAAUGCCACUGGGCCUGCACACAGCGGUCGAGAGACAAUAUACCCCAAUGGAUUCCUGCUGUUCCAGGACGUCACCCAGAAUGACACAGGAUACUACACCCUGCUCAUUACAAAGAAUGAUUUACAGAUUGAAAGUGUAACUGGACAACUCCGUGUAUACCCGGUGUUACCCACACCCGUCAUCACCAGCAACGACUCCAGCCCCGUGGAGCAGGACACCGUAGUGUUAACAUGCGGACCUGAGAGUCAGAACACCUCCUACAUGUGGUGGGUCAACAAUCAGAGCCUCCCCAACAGCACCAGGCUGGAGCUGUCUGAGGACAACAGGACUCUCACCUUAUUCCAUGUCACAAGGAAUGACACAGGACCCUAUAUGUGUGAAACUCGGAACCCAGUCAGUGUCAGCCGCAGUGACCCGUUCACCCUGAAUGUCAUCUACCCAGUGGCACAGCCCUCCAUCGAAGCCAGCAACACCACAGUCACAGAACAUGAGAAUACCGUGGUCCUGACCUGCCGCACAAAUGACACUGGGAUCUCCAUACGCUGGUUCUUCAAUGGCCAGAGUCUACUGCUCACAGAGAGGGUGAAGCUGUCCCCAGACAACAGCACCCUCACCAUCAACCCUGUCAGGAGGGAGGAUGCCGGGGAUUAUCAGUGUGAGGUCUCCAACCAGGGCAAUUCCAGCAGAAGUGACCCCCUCAGUCUGGGUGUGAAAUUUGAUUCAACAGAAGGAAGCUCUUCUGGCCUCUCAGGUGGUGCUAUUGCCGGCAUCGUGAUUGGAGUCGUGGCUGGGGUUGCUCUGAUAGCAGCCUUGGUGUAUUUUCUGUACAUCAGAAAAACUGGAGGGGCAAGUGACCAGCGAGACCUCACAGAGCACAAAUCCUCAGACCACAACCAGAGUCAGGGUCAUUCUGACAAUUCACCUAACAAGAUCGACGAAGUUGCAUAUUCUACCCUGAACUUCAAUGCCCAGGAAUCAAAGAAACCAACUUCAGCCUCCCCGUCAGCCACAGAAACAGUUUAUUCAGAAGUGAAAAAUAAGUAACGCAACCAGUCCUGCUCGCUGCACUUAUUCCAAGCUUCUCAUCCCCAUCCCUAGGAGAUCCCUUUGCCAUCCGGGGAAAAUGGGAAUAGUGUCUUUCCUCACCCUUUCACCCCUAAUGAGGCUCCUCCAGGCUGCCUGGUCACAGUCCUUUCCUUCAGUGUCAGUAGGUGAAAAGGUACAUCCAGGAGGAGGUCUGUAGGAAACCCAACCUUCCUUGUCAUUGAACUUUGGCAAAGCAGACCUUGGGAGAGAGUUGCCAGAACCUCCACGCCUCCCCAUUUCCUGACCUAAAUUGGUUUUAAACUUGCCUAUUCAGAACACACUCAUUCCUUCCCACCCCAGUCCUUUCAUAUUGGAGUUUAACUUGAAUUUGCCAUAACCUGGAAAUUAUGUCCUUGAUCCACUGAAAUGCAUGUGCCAGAAAAGGAGAGGAAAAGGAAAAACUUCUCCUGCUCUCUGAAGCCCGGUGUGAACCCACCAUUCACAGGAAAACACAUACAUAACCAAUUCUGAACCGGGAAAUUCUAUACCUUUGUCCACUUUCAGGGUCGUCUACCUGCAGGACCAGGGCUAAACAACUUACUACUUAGCUAGAAUACGACCUAAACCUUUGAAAGCCUGUCUUCAGAGAACCUACUAGAAGAAACUAGAAAAUAACUUCUCAGAGUCUAUAAGUGAAUCCUAAUGGAAAUUGCAAAAAAUGCACAUACUGUCUUAAUAACUUCAUGGGCUCAUUAAAGGAAAUGCUCAGAGAUGGAGGGAUUAUCGCUUUAGAGGACAAUCAGCUCUUAACAGAGACAAUCAGCUGGGAUUUGGGAAAGGAAUCAGAAAGUUACCCUGCAGAGAUUAUUUAAAUAAUGGUUAAAGAAUGUACAAUUUGGGGUAUUGGGUUUUUUCCUUCCUUCUGAAACAUUCGCCAUUUAAAUUUUUGUAAUUGUUUGUUUAUGUGAAAGGGGUUAUGUUUACUUAAUUUGCUGUGUAAGCCAAUCUAACUGCCUUAGGUGAAAGAAGCCACCAAAACCCCUCAAGUCCCUCUGAAGAAGCUCCUCAAGGCUUUUAUGUCAGGGGCUCCAAAAAGAAGAUAAGAAGAAGCAGUUUUCUACAUUCAUGGCCAGAAAGGGAUCUCGCUCAGUUUCUAGGCAUCUCAGACCAACCAUCAGCGCCAUUCUAUUCCGUGUUUCUGCCUGUGCGCGUUCCAUCUGCCCCGCUCCCCUUCUCAGGAAACCUUGGCCUCUGCUAAGGUGUGUUUGGUUCUUGGGAACCAGGAGCCCCUGACGGGUACACGACCACCCACGCAGUUGGCGUCGUUUA